AUGAAAUAGAUGCUAACAUAGACUGGAUUUGGAGAUGAAAAAAAAGAGUUACUCAAAAUAAAAUCUGAAUGGAGAAGUUUAUAAAAUAAUGAAAUGUUUUAAGAUUUUGUCUUUCUUAGAGAGGCUUCGUAAACUCGGUUGGUUACUGAAAAAAUGGAAAAGGAGAGAAAAAACAGAAAGGAUAGUAUUUUAUUACCCUUUCUAAAAUAACAACAAUAAAAAAGAAUGGAACAAGCCAGAAAAUUCACUCUCAUUGGAUCUCUUGCAUAAUUAAGUGAUUUUACACCUUCCGUAACGUUUAUUAAUAAAAACAAUUUUGAAGAAAUCUAAUCAAUCCUAUCUACUUUGGUAAAAUCUGUUUUAAUUCAACAAUUACAAACCUUAAUGCCUGAUUUAGAAAAACUUGUGAAUGCCUGUAAACAAUGUGGAAUAGUAGGGUUUUAUUUUAUGGCAAUCUAUUUUUAAACUUAAAUAUAAUUUGUGUAUUGUAGAAGGAAGGAAGGCUAUAACAUAUGGAAAAGGUUUUUGAGAACCUGCAACUUACAAGGUAAGAGACUCUAAAAAUAUAAACUCUUGGCUUAUAGGCAAUUAGCAAGAUGUGCUUUAGAUUUAGGAGAUUUAGAUAAAGAAGCCAUUUAUCUUAAGAAAUUAUUAAAAUUAUCUUGGGUUGUUAAGGAUAGAAACUAUGAAUUACUAUGUUAUGAUAUGAUUGCUAUCAAUUAUUAUUAUAGAGGAGAUGUAAAUAGAGCUUAGUUCUUCCAUUCGAAGUUUGUGUCAGGAGAAUUUGAAGCCGCUGAAUCCAAUAUUAGAAUUGCUGGAGUAUCUUCCUAUCUAAAUACAUAAAAGUUGAAGGCUUAAGUGAAUGAUUAAGACUCAUUCAGCCUGGAUGAUAUGGAUUUAGAUAUAAUUAUCUAAAAAGAUAAUAUAUUAAAAUGGUAGAAAGGAUUACCAGUAUUUGAUAAUAGACAUAUCACAUAACAUCGAGUGCUUAUAAAUCAAUGGAGUUGUAAUCGAGAUCUAACUGUACAUUUAAUCAAUCGAGAAAAAUAAAAACAUAAAACUGAGGAGGAAGAUAUAGGAUUUGUGCCCCUCAAUUAAAACAUAAAAAGACUUCUUAAAUUAUUCUAAUUUGAUGUCAAAUAUUUUUUACAAAAUGGGUAUCUUUAUGAUUUCUGA